UGCUACGCUCCCACAGAUGGCCUACGUUUCGCGGAUCAGUACCGUACUGCAUCGCGUGCUUCCGAACCAGCACAGCGAUGACCUCAACCUAACUGCCGCGUUUGUUGCGACAUACACAGACUUGUACCAGUUGGUGUAUGUGGGCUGGGCCUCGCUGGGCGCCACUCAGGAACGCCAGGGUAACCAGAAGAAGAUUUACAGCAGCACUAUAACCAAGCUUCUGGCCCCUGCGGCCGCGCUGCUGUCCUUACCCACAUUAACAGCCGGUGUAAGUCUGGGUAUGGAUUCAAGUGGAAGUCCCGCACAGGAUAGCAAGUCCAAGACAGCUGAAAGUUCGGUCCAAGAGCGCCAGACCCAUGCGCACAAGGGCGAGGACACGUCUGUGUCUGCAUACAGCGUGGAGGUGCAGGUGUAUGUUAAUAACAUUAGAGGGGUUGUGCUAGCUACGCUGGUGAGGCUGCUCAUGCACAAGGAUCACAUCGCCCACUAUAUCUCCCUGCUGGGCGGUGGUAGUCUGGCUGCGCUGAUGCGUGGUGCUAUAGUAGAGACCGGCACGAAGGGGUCUAGAAGCGGUAACCAUGGUGACGUGCCCUUGGCAACCACAAGCGGUAAGAAACGCAAGCGGAAUGCGGCGGGAGAGGGAGCCGUAGCACCCGCGGACGAGGACGCGCCAGGCAGCUCAGUAGACACAAACACAGCCAGUGGGACCUAUUCAGCCGUCUAUACCAAGCAGCUGUUUGAUUUCUUGGCUCAGUGUGCGGUUAAGCGUGUGUGUGCGAGUGAGUCGAGAGAGGUGCCGCCGAAAGACUCGGCUAAGAAGUCGCGGAAGGGCAAGAACACGGACACCAACCCUGGGGCGAAGGCCAAAGCGAGCCAGGCGGCAGAGCGGGAGUAUGCGGACUGUGCGGGGGCUAUAGAGAUGAUACCAUCGCUGUACGCACGGUUCUGUGGUGCUAUGCUAGACACCAAGUCUAAAGGCGGGCGAGUGAAGUUCAGCAACGUAUACGACGAGGGCAGCCAGCCCACGGACCACAUCCGCCGAACAAACUGGCGCAUGUUCCAGGCGCUGGUGGGUGUGCUUGCCCUUCCUGCGCACGCGCCCAAGCCUUUGGCUACCGAGACUCGUACACUACAGGACGCACAAGCACAGACACAGACACAGACCAAGCAGACCACAUCGGCACGUGUCUUUGGCGAUCGCCUGGGCAUCGUACGACAGCUGCUGCACACGUUGAACGGCGUCAAAGCGUUCAAUCCGGCCGAGGACAUCAGCACAUCUUCACGCCCGCCUGCGCCCACCUUCGCUACUGGAGACGAGGAUGCCGGUACUGACUUAGAGGUGUCAGACACCGUUCCCCCGACGUUGUCGGCGGAGAUAACGGAAUGGCUCACUACUGCAGCAGGCAUGUUGCUGGAUGUGGUAGAGCGUUUCCCGUCUGGCGCGGUCUGUGCCGACGCCAGUUUCAGCGCGGGCCUGUUCGGCGUGCUGAGAGACGCGUAUACCAUCACGCCAACGUCUAUCAAGCCGCACAUGGGCAGGGUGUGGCGGUUGUCAUGGGUGUUGCUAGGCAGGGAGAGCCAUAGCAACGGGACUUUGCAUGGUGUGUAUGCGUGGGAAGGUCCCUGUGCCUUGCUCACAGGCCAGAUACUUCGAACGGAGUUCCGCAUGCGGUUGGUUGAGCCUUUGUUUGAGACCUUUCUACGAGCGCCUGAGUCUCUUACGACGCUGGGCGUGGGAACUACGAACCACAAAGCACCCGGAAAGAAGAAGAGAAAG